AGUACUCCUAUUGAGCAUGCUCCAGUCUCCACAAGCCCUGCACCUGCUUCUCUGCCUGCUGCUUCGCCCAGUCAGCCAGCUGCGGCGCCGCAGAGCCUGGCCAAACAGGUCUCACCGUCUCCUCCCGCUGCCCUGUCUCCGGCGCUCUCCCCAGCCCCGCCCACACCCAGAAGCACACCAGCACCUGUUCUGCCUGUAGCUUCUCCAGGGUCCCGCAACCUGUCGCUGGCUGCCUCCACUAUCUCCACUGCCAUCACAGCGCAGUCUAGAAACAGUGUUAGUAACUUGGCCAAGCCAACGACAGCCCUGGAGGCCCUGCCAAUCACCCCCAUCUUCCGCACCAGAGCUCUGCCGCAGCGAGUGCCCGCCGGCCCCUCCCUGCCCUCGGGGAAGCGCAGGCAGCUGAGCUUCAACAUGCAGUCCUCUUCUGCCUCCAGCUUCAAGUCUAAAACCUCCACUUCCAGUCCCUACUCCCAGCCUCGCUUGCAGCAGAGCUCUAUUGAGAUCCCCAUGGGGCCCCCUAAGCCAAAGGUCAUCAGCACUGCCAGCAUUGUGCCUUCUGUCUACCCGUCUGCACCAGCUCCAGCUCCUGCCCAGGCUCCAGCUGCCCCUAGCCCUUCCAGUCGCCCCCCCUGGGUGACAGAUGACUCUUUUGCACAGAAGUUUGUUCCUGGGAAGAGCACCACCACCGUGACUAAACACAUCCAUCCCCUUCCACAGGCAGCGCCCCCUGCCCCCGCCUACAUCCCCAACCCUGUGCAACCCACCUACAUCCCCAACCCUGUGCAACCCACCUACAUCCCCAACCCUGUGCAGGCCCCUUCUCCUGCAGGCCCCAGUCCCGCCUUCAACCUCUCUCCCGCGCCCUUCCCCGCCCCCGCCCCCUCCGCCGCCCGCGGAGUCGCCCAGAGGGCUGAGCGCUUCCCAGCCGGCAGCCGGACCCCCAUGUGUGCGUGCUGCAACAGCAUCAUCAGGGGUCCGUUCCUGGUGGCGCUGGGGCGAUCCUGGCACCCCGAGGAGUUUAACUGCCACUACUGCCACACCUCGCUGGCUGACGUGUGCUUCGUGGAGGAGCAGAGUAAUGUGUACUGCGAGUCCUGCUAUGGGGAAUUCUUCGCCCCCACCUGUGCCCGCUGCAACACCAAGGUCAUGGGGGAAGUGAUGCAUGCCCUGCGGCAGACCUGGCACACCACCUGUUUUGUGUGUGCUGCCUGUGGGAAGCCCUUUGGGAACAGCCUGUUUCACAUGGAGGAUGGGGAGCCCUACUGUGAGAAAGAUUACAUUGCUCUCUUCAGCACCAAGUGCCAUGGCUGCGACUUCCCUGUGGAGGCUGGGGACAAGUUUAUAGAAGCUCUGGGCCACACUUGGCAUGACACCUGCUUCGUCUGUGCGGUGUGCCACAUCAAUCUGGAAGGUCAGCCCUUCUACUCCAAGAAGGACAAGCCCCUGUGCAAGAAGCAUGCCCAUGCCAUCAAUGUGUAGGGCGCUGCCCCGGGGAUCUCUGGGAAACCUGAGGUCAGGCAGGGCCGUCCUUCCCAGAUUCCACUGGAACGAAACAAGAUACACGACAAGCCAACUGUUACCGAGAGAUCUGCUGAAAUGAUCAGAUUCUUUGUAGGCUUUACCGCCACAAUUGAUAAAUUUGCGUAAUGACGUGGAAACAAUAACUACAAGUCUUGGUACUGGUACUGAAACAAAUCUGUAACCAAACAGCUCCUUUACAUUAUCACAGGGUCGCCCUGUGUAAGGUGGCGGCUUAGGAAAUGCUGUUUGAAUGACAGUUCAGUGUGAAAACGACCAAGAUAUUUUGAUACACUGUCCUAGGCAGAUGGAAAAUGUUGAAGACCUCCCUCUUUGUUCAGACAUUCCUCAUAGAAAACUGUAUUUAAUUAAAUGUCAUCGAUGACCCUUCUCUUUGAAAGAUCAAGAUUGUCGUAUCCUAUUGUGUAUGAGGUACAUUGAAAUCAAAACUACUGUAGCUCCUUACGCUCACUGGAACACUUUCAUCAGCAACAUGGGGAAUCAGGCUGAAAGCCUUCUGCACACCAGGGCUUUUUAAAAUGUCAGAAUAUCUUGGUCCAGAGCUGACAAAAACUGUAAAAAAGAGCUCUGCCUUGUAAACUCUUAAAGGUCAUUUCUUGGAAGUCUGGUACCAAAGGGAAAUUUCCUUUAAUUGUUUUAGAAACUAUUCAUUUUGUUUUAGAAACUUUAUUUUAGAUAGUAUUAGACCUUACUGGCAGCACAUAAAGUUGCAAUAUAAACAGCAUUUUUAUAUUCGCACAUUAUCGUGGUGCACUGUAAAAAUCUAGAGAAAUAAUAUAUUGAAAGACAUAGGCUAAUAUGCCAACUGACAUGCUGUAUUUAUUUAAUAAGAAAGACAAAAUAUAAAAUUAUAACAGAGAUUUGGUUAUACUUUAGAGUUGAAAAUCACAUUUUAUGGUUACUUAACAAGUAACAAGGUACAAGAUAUAGUAAAGUGUUUAGAAAUGGGACUAAUAUGACAUGCUCAUAUACUGUACUUGUAAUUAGUCCUAAAUAGAGAUAAGUUCUUAUUAAGAAAAUGGCUGAAUUUAAUUCUGUAGUUAGAUGAUAUAGGUCAUAAAUCAUUUUUAAAUGAAUAAAUACAAAUUUCAACCCUUGAACUAAAGUGCUACCACACACAUGUAUUUUUUCAAAAAUACUUACUGUUGCUGCAUGAGUGCGGUAUGUAGAAAAUAUCAUCUGCAACUUAAAAAAGUAUCUUAAGCUGUUCAGAAAAACAGAUAUGUGUUGCUUUUGAUAGUUUCUUGGUUUUGCAUAGGAGUCCUGUGUAUUUUUGAGCUGUGCUGUGCUUUAGGAGAACAGCCUCCCACUUUCCAUGGAUCUGCAGGGCAGGGGGCAGAAAGCGAUGGGCAGGAAGGGGAGAGCGAGGGCUCAGGGAAGCAGCUGGCCUCAACAACGAGCCUGUCCCUGCUGUUCUGCCUGGUCAGCUUUUUCAUGGCAGGUGCCAAAAGCAAGCUUGUGUGUUUAGUGAGGGACCUAAUUCUGAAAAGGAGUAACUUUACAAUUUUUCUUUGUUUAAAAUCAAAAGGGCAGUCCUGUGAAAAAUGUGUCAGAUCCUAAAGCUGGAGCCACGGGGGUCCAGCUCCUAGCACAAGGACACAGUGGAGUCCACUUCAGCUUGUGUUCUUUAAGACUGUACAGUGUGAUCUGGACAUCUGUGCCUGGAUAGAGUUUUUAUUAAUGGCCACGGUCCAGAGGCUCGUUUUCAUUGGCCCAGUAGCCAAGUAUUAAGUUCACAAAGCUGCGCCAGAGCCAGCGCCUCCCCUUCGUACCUGCCCUUACCAGUAGCCCAGAGUCCUGCAGGAAUUAGGAACCUCUCUGGAGCAACAGGUGUGCCUGGAGCAAUAGGCAGCGCCCUGCGGGAGAGUGUUUCCAUCUCCUCUGUUCUGUAACGCGACGUACCUGUCCGCUGCUAAACGCCGUGCUGUGACAGUGCUCUGUCGGCAUGUGAGCAGACACGCAGAGCGAGAUUUUAUGUGUUUUAACUUCUUGUUUUACAUUCUGUCUCUGUGUUGCUUGAGAUUCGUGAAUGUGAAUGCAUUGUAAUAUUUAAGGAUGAGUUAUGUAGUAAAAUAUUGCAAUCAGAGAGGUGGGUAGGGUUAGAUGGUAAAUUUUAGAUUUAACCAUUUUUGAAUUCUUAAGAAAAUGAAGAGAUGCAUUUAUCUUUUCCCAAAAAAGAAGAAAAGUCAGAAAUACAAUCUAUGUAAGUAAACAGCAUACAGGUUUUCCAAGACAUUUUCCAUAUCAGACAGAACCUGCCUUGAAAGUGCACAGAAUCGGCCACUGUCAAGAUGCCUUCUGGAAAUGCAACUGAAGAGAGCAUCAUCACACUGUCUUUCUCUUCACUUACUGAAUGAUUCCCUGUAAUAGUAACAUACUGAUCAGCUCAGGUUUGCACCCAGCCUGCUGAUUUUUGGUCAACAUUUAAACUUAUUAUUUGAAAUAAACUUUUGAUUUCAGUAAUCAUUCAGUUAAUUUGCAGGUCAUUCUCCAGGGAUAUUAGUGUUAUAAGUUAUAUGCUGUAAAUUCACUCCACUAGGUAGCAGCAGGGGACUGUAACACUGCAAAGCCUAGGUAGUCAGUUUUCCUCUCCCUUCUGCUCUCAAUACAAAAAUGAGUGUUAAAACAGCAUGUACAAUGAAAAAGUCAAUUUUCCCUAAUUCUUUAUAUAUUCUUUAUAAAAUUAAUUAUAAAGGUGUUAAUAGCUCUAGAAAAUAGCUAAUAGCUUUUCCACUGUAUAUUACAAUGCAAUGCUAAAAUAGUUUACACUUCAAGGCCUAGUUUUGCCCCUCAUACAAUUAUUAAUUUUCUUAAAAUAUACAAAAUAAUCAUUUUUUCAGUUGUUUAAAGAAAAUUGUAAUUAUUCAACAUAUUUCUGUUGAUCGUCACUAAGGGAUAAAAUGUGUUAUCUCGGUGCAAUUAAUUAACUUUUUAAGAUAUUGAUAAAUGCAUUUUAGUUUCAGGAUUUGUAUAAGGGGUAAUCUAAUGGCCAACUUACAUGUGUAUUUACACUCCAAUAUCCAACAGGUAUGCUGGAGGUCAUUAUUUCAGGAAGAGGCCAUAGAUCCUAAGGAAUCUGUAGUUCUUGCCUGUUUAGAGUUUGUCUGCUGUGCAUCUCUUGGCACCUGAAGGACCAGUUUAUUAGUCCAGGAUCUGGAGCUCCAUGAUUCCAAGUGGCAAUAGUGUUGUACUGUGAAUAUUUAUUAGACUAGGAAGAUCGGAAUUCCCAGAAGAACAGAGAAGAGAGUGAGUUAUCUUCUCUUGGCAAUUCUUUGGCAACUGGUGGGCGUUGUCCUGCAUCAGCCUGAAAACUCUAGUGUGCCUGGGUGUUUCCUCCACUCACUCUGCCCUGUGUCAAUCUGUGCGUGUGGCCUCAUGGGAGAACUCAGGAUGCUCUCACUCUUUUCCCAUCUUCUGUCUCCUCUUCCUUUGAUUUUGUGAUUGCUAAAUUGCAGCUCACUUUCCAUUCCUAACUGACCAUCCAGCCACUCUGUCCUUGGCUUCAUUCGUUCAUUCAUUCCACCGGCGCUGCCCGAGUCUCUCUGUCAUCCUCUUUGUCAUUUUUCAGUGCCACUCUGACUCCAGGCUGUGCUGCACUCUUCUGCUCACCUUGCAAAUACUCUGCCCUGCUGCUGGGUCUCUCCUCUUGUGUGUUUCUGCCCUGCUCCUGGGUCUCUCCUCCUGUGUCUCUGCCCUGGUGCUGGGUCUCUCUUCCUGUGUGUCUCUGCCCUGGUGCUGGGUCUUUCCUCCUGUGUGUCUCUGCCCUGGUGCUGGGUCUCUCCUCCUGUGUGUCUCUGCCCUGCUGCUGGGUCUCUCCCCCUGUGUGUCUUUGCCCUGGUGCUGGGUCUCUCCUUCUGUGUGUCUCUGCCCUGCUGCUGGGUCUUUCCUAUUCCUGUGUGUCUCUGCCCUGCUGUUGGGUCUCUCCUAUUCCUGUGUGUCUCUGCCCCGGUGAUGUGUCUCUCCUCCUGUGUGUCUCUGCCCUGGUGCUGGGUCUCUCCCAUUCCUGUGUGUCUCUCCUCCUUGUGUAUGCUUGUGCCUUGGUGCUCUAGUCAAUGUUCUUCUUUCCCAUCCUUGGAUUUUAAACAGAACUGGCCACUUUGGAUUUGUUUCUUGGACUUGACUGGUCCUUUCAACAUUUUUGUUUUAAAAAUUUUCUUCAUACUUUAUUCUGGUCCCUCAGGUGUCCGUUUACACAAUUUGUACACACUGCUUAUAUUUAAAGUUAUUAUUUCAAGUUUGAAAUUGAUAUGGUUCAGCAGCUGUUCAAUAUGGGAUGUGUGCUGCUGUGCUGAUGUUAGCAUGAUAACAUCAGUUCUCAUGGCAUGCAGUGAUUUUCACUCUCUUAAGUUUAAUUUAUUGGAUCUUUUUUGUUUGUUUUUUUAAACACAAGAAUUUACCAAAAAUGGCCUUUGCAUUGUGAUUGUGUUCUUUAAUAAUGUUUUUGAGUUCAUUUACUGUUUUUUGGCAUGGACUGUGUGGAAAGAUUAGGAAUGAUUUAUUUUUUAUUUAUUACUAUUAUUAUCUAGUUUAUCUAGCAUCUCAAAUAGUAAUUUAGUAAUGUUUUGUAUAAGUGAGGUGUUUUGCUGUGAGGUGGGAAUCUCACGAUGCACGAUUUUAUUUGUUUUGAAUGGAGAAAAGAUACCUACAAAUUAGCUUUACGUACAAAAUACUGAAUUCUGUUGUUUCAAACAGUGAUGCCUUGGAAGUAACAUCACACACAGAACAAAGCAGGCACGGACACAGCAUUGUAGAAAGGACUGAUGCCGAAUGCUGAUAUAUAUACUGUACCUGGGCAGAGAGGGGUUGUGAGACAUCUGAACAAUUACCUUGUGUGCUGGUGUUCUUGUUUCACUAGGACAGGAGCUCUGUGUUCUCCAUGUUUAAAUAUUACAGGAAUUGCCACAUUUUAACAUACUCACAAAAAACACCAGUACUAAAAUACCAUUGUAGAUGCUUUACACAUGUUAAGACCAAGUUAAGAUCAAGUGUUAAACCCUCUUCAGACUUCUGAUAACAUUAUAUGUGCUUUUUAAAGCUCAGCAUAAGGGCAACAAAAGUCAGACCCCUAGCCAGUUACAGGAGUGAAAUCAUAAUCACAACACAACAAUCAAUCCUACUGUGUCUGGCUGUUGACUUGGCCAUUAUUUUGCCUGUGUGGGCUGGCGGUCCAGCAAUUUGAUCCACAGUAAUGGUUUGGAAGAAGGAGCUAAAGGGAAAAGGGAAUACUGGCAGCACAGGGAUGAUGUGAUGGCAGUAGAGUUCACGACUGUACUGGUGGUAGAUGGUUUUUCCUUCUAUCUAUUGGUGGGGGAAAACAACAAAUUUACUCUUGUAAAUAGAACUGAUGAGUAAGAUGUUAAACUUAAAGGUAUUGUCUGCCUGUCAGCAAAGACGUUGAUGUACCUGCUGGUUCUUUUGUAUUGUAAAAGCUUUUCUAAUUCUCUGUGUGUCUUUCACUGUGAUAAAGGUUUCUAUCAUUUCCCUUUGCCUGCAGGGACUUUUACUGUGAGAGCUGAGUAGCACUUCUUUCUGAUUGUUUCACUCUUGACACCAGAGCAGAAAUACCAUUACAGAGUUUACUGUUGGUAUGUUUUUAUUUGAAACAUUGUUCCUCACUGUAGUAAACUGGAAGCUCCUGUAUUUAAUAUCUGCAUGUUACACAAGAACGCAUGGGUGGAAAUGAUUUGUCUCCAGUAAAAAAGUAACAGUUCUGGAAAAAAAAA